UCAGCCGGAAGGGCCUGCUUUAGGGACCCAUUCCUGCUGGAAGAAAUCCUACUUCUUGGCUGGCAGCAAUGAAUGUCUCAAGUGUGUAAACUUGCAGGGCCAAGAACUAGGAUUUCUCCCAAUACAUUCCCAUCAGUUUCUUCUGAUAAGACAGACAUGCCAGAACAAGAAGUGGGGAGGCAAAGAUGAAGACAAGUUAGUGCUGGCCUGCCCUGGGCUCCCACCACACCCACAAUGCCCCCAUUGGAAUGUGUGUGUGCCAGUAUGAUUGUGAGUGUGACUGGAUGAUUGUAGAAACACAUCCAUGUAGGAGUGGGACUUUGGGUUUAACUGGGGCUAUAUGAUUUUGUCUAUGACUGUCCAGUCGUGGGUGUGACUUUGUGAGGUUAUCUGAGUGACCAAGGUGUGACCGUGAAUGUGGCUAUGGAUAUAUGAGUAUGAAUGUCUCACAUUCCAUGCUGCUAUGUGUCCUUAGCAAUCAUUAGUCAUUAUAUGUCAGCCCCCACAUCAUGUACUAUCCCUCUCACUACUUCUCUGAUCAGGACUUAGGAGCCCACAGGGAAUGGCAGUCAGAAGAGAAGGGGUCUAUGGCUGCAGGCCAAAAUUUAAGGCUCAGGGGUGUCACAAGAUAAGCACUGCAUCUCCACCUGUCUCUGACUCACCUGGAGCCCCAGGUAAAAUACACUCAGAUAAAAGGUAGGAGAGGAGGAGGAGAGAGAGGGAAGUAUCUAGGCUGAACAGCAUGAAGGGGCUCUUGCCCACCAGCAGCCUCCUGCUGCUAUUGUCACUCCUGAGACCAGACCCUGGGGCAGCAUUGCUACUGCCACCCAGCACUACUACCUGCUGUACUCAGCUCUACAGACAGCCACUCUCAAGCAAGCUACUGAGGAAGGUCAUUCGGGUGGAACUGCAGGAGGCUGAUGGGGACUGUCAUCUCCAGGCUUUUGUGCUUCAUCUGGCUCGACGCAGUGUCUGCAUCCAUCCCCAGAACCGCAGCCUGGCUCGGUGGUUUGAGCACCAAGGGAAAAGGCUCCAGGGGACUCUGCCCAACCUGAAUCCGGGGCUGCAAGGGAAAAUGGGCUGAAGUCCCCAACAGCCAAAAUAAUAAAGCAAGAUUAGACAGUAAUCUCUGAGUGUGAC